UAGUUAAAAUUUCUUUAGAGCUAUAUUUGUUAACACCUUAUUUUAUUAUCGUAAUUAGAUCCAUUAUGACGAUCUUAAAAUUAGCAAUAUUACAAUAUCUUGAGAGAUAAAAAGUUAUAAUUUUUAGAUUCAGCAGAGUUGAUCUUGCAGCAGAUUUAUUUAUUAUAUACAUAUAUUUCGCCGUAAAAGAUUAUUUAUAAUUACAAAGUCAUGAAUAAAGAUCUACGUGACCGGGGAAAAAGGAAGACUAUAGUUGUCUUAUCACUUAUUACCCUUAUAAGAUAAUUUAAAAAGGUAAUAGUAAAACAUUCUUGGCUCAUUUUUGCUCUCGUUGUUCAAUCAAAAACUUUAAGUUGCUCUCAAUCUAAAAUUAAAAGAAAUUUAUGAAAUUAUCAGCAAUUUUAGCAAGGCAUGAAUUAUCAAGAUUUUGGUUUAUCUGAUUUUAAAAAUAUAUAUCUAUUGUCACAUUCUAACAAUGACUCUCGUCAAAAUUUAAACGCCACCUGCUUCAGCAAGUAUUUAAACGUCACCUGCUACAGCAAGAAUUUUAACGCUACCUGCUACAGCAAGUAUUUUAACAAUAUUGCACUAAUCAUUGUUUACAAUAACCCAUUUUAUGACAGCAUACCUUUAUUAAGUGAGCUCUACGGCCCGAUAUUUCAAAAAGUUUUUUUUUGUGGCUCAAUUCAAGCAAAAUCAUUUACAAACGUGACCGUUGUUAAUAUUCAUCGUGGAUUAUUUGGAUAUGAAUGUUUAGCAGAAAUUAUACGUUCUCAUCACAGUUUUGAGGGUUAUUUAUACAUUAACGACGAUGUUGUACUCAACUACUGGAACCUAAUCGAAAACAAAUUUAAUACUAAUUCAAUAUGGAUUUCAAACAACCAAUACGGCUACGUAAAUUUGAAUGAAUCUAUUCCCACAACAUGGUACUGGUGGAUUUCACCGUACGGUUUUAACAAUACAAAACACGCUGUGCAAGAGAUAUAUACUUUAGGAAAAAGAUUUAAAAUUUACCGUAAAUAUUUUCAGAUGUACAUAAAUAAUGGAAACAACUUGUUGCUUGCACACAGUGGACGCUCUGAUAUACUGUACAUUCCACGAAAAUAUGCUAUGGGGUUCCAAGAACUUUCUAGCAUUUUUUAUAAAUAUCAAGUUUUCCUAGAAAUAGCCGUACCUACUAUUGUUCAUUUUUUGGUAACCACAAACGAACUGAAAGUAAUAAAUGGUUUUUAUAUUCCAGGAGAUGUGAGAAAAAACGACGAGCGAGUUAUAGACAGCAGAAUAUUCUGGAUACUUUACUUAAGUAAACCGCAUAUUUGGUUCAUCCACCCUUUUAAAUUACAUCACAAAACAAAACACAACAGCGAUUUAAAUCUUAUGUUACUGAAGCACUUACUUAUUGAAAAAACUCAGCGGUUGAUUCAGUGCUAGAAAUACUCCCAAAAAUUUGUAGAGAAAAAAAAUAGUACUAAUAUAACGUCUAUCUUAAUAUAAAAAAUAAAAACCCAAAACUUUUAAAAAUGCAACGACUGCCGGAUAAAUCCAUCAAAUAAAAUUUAGAGGGAAAAAUCAUCACUUAAAAUACAAGCUGUUACGUAGCAAACACUAUAACAAAGAAAGAAGCCAAACAGAAAGCAAAGUAACACUAAAACCAUCACAUAAAAAGUAACGGUUAUUAUUAAAAACAUAAAAAGCAAGCUUAAAACAUGUUCAAGCAAGUAGAUGAUAUUUGUAUAAAAAUAUAUUAUCCCAUAUGCUUAAAUGUAUAUCCCAUAUGCUUAAAUCUCAAGACUGCAAAAUGACAUCAUCCUUCACAGAAUCUGCUUGCUGGCGCGUUUUCUCAACAGCUGAUGUCAAUAAACUGCUGCACUUUGUGUGUAUAUGAUUCAUUUCACCGUACGGCUGCAAAACAGAAAUAAUAAAUAACUUAUAUUAAUAAGAAAUUUAUAUAAAUAUAAUAAAAUAUAAAACAA